GUCAAAAGCAAUGAUUAGUCAAUUUUAACGUCAUUCAAAUGUUUCGUGCUCUGAUGGGCUGGCGCUGCUUUGCCCCGCCUUUCAGUGACAGGCUGUCAAACACUCCACUCCCCGGUGUGAUAUGUCGGGUGAACGGAACGCUGCAACAAAGAUGGCUUGAAAAUCGACAAUGUUUCGUUCAUGUUGGAAUAACGUCGUAAAGAAAUAAAAGGUGGUGUUGGAAGAAGAGUCGGUGGGCAAGAGGUGGUAGUUGUUGCGGGCUGUGUUAGCUCCCCGCCCCGCUUCGCUCUCUCCCACCGCUAACUCUUUGCUAUCGUAGAUUAGCCUAGCUCAGAUAGUUAGCCUCCAUAGUAAAUAUUAGCUGAUAAGCGUUCAGUGUUGACAGCUAAAAUGGCCACCAUGGAGAAACUGAUGAAGGCCUUCGAGUCUCUGAAGUCAUUCCAGCAACAGCAGGGGCCGCCGACAGCAGAGGAGCUCGUCCAGAGGCAGAAAAAGGAACAGGCUACAACCAAGAAGGACAGGGUGACCCACUGUCUAACAAUAUGUGAAAACAUAGUGGCCCAGUCUCUGAGAACAUCUCCAGAGUUUCAGAAACUGCUGGGCAUCGCCAUGGAGAUGUUCCUACUCUGCACAGAUGACAGUGAAUCAGACGUGCGAAUGGUCGCCGAUGAGUGCCUGAACAAAAUCAUCAAAGCGCUGAUGGACUCCAACCUGCCAAGACUGCAGCUGGAACUUUACAAAGAAAUUAAAAAGAACGGCGCCUCCCGGAGUCUUAGAGCAGCUCUGUGGAGGUUUGCUGAGCUGGCCCACCUCAUCAGACCACAGAAGUGCAGACCUUACCUGGUCAACCUGCUGCCGUGCCUCACCAGAAUCACUAAGAGACAGGAGGAGACUGUACAAGAAACACUGGCUGCAGCGAUGCCCAAGAUUGUGUUGUCACUGGGGCACUUUGCCAACGAUGGCGAAAUCAAGCUGCUGCUGAAGUCCUUUGUAGCCAACCUGAAGUCCAGCUCACCCACCAUCAGACGAACAGCAGCCAGUUCAGCUGUCACUGUUUGCCAACACUCCAGACGCAGCAGCUACUUCUACACCUGGCUCCUAAAUGUGCUUUUGGGACUUUUGGUUCCUGUUGAUGAAGAGCACCCCAGCCACCUCAUUCUUGGAGUGUUGUUAACUCUGCGCUACCUUAUGCCUCUGCUGCAGCAGCAGGUCAACACCACAAGCCUCAAAGGAAGCUUUGGAGUGAUGAGGAAGGAGGCAGAUGUACAGCCAACACCUGAACAGCUCCUAGCGGUGUAUGAGCUGACCCUUCAUUACACCCAGCACUGGGAUCACAACGUGGUCACAGCUGCUCUGGAGCUCCUGCAGCAGAUGUUCAGGACUCCACCACCAGAACUUCUGCACAUGCUCAUCACUCCUGGCAGCAUUCCACAAGCCACUGUGUUUCGCCAGGACCCAGAGAGCCGUGCUCGAUCUGGAAGCAUCCUGGAGCUGAUAGGUAAAAUGCUUUCUGGAGAGGAGGAUGGUUUGGAGGAUGAUCCUGAAAGGGCCGAAGUGACUGCGAGUGCUUUCACAGCCUCAGUGGUCGGAGCUGACGGCUCCUCCGCAGCACAGGUCGACAUCAUCACUGAGCAGCCCCGUUCCUCUCAGCAUACCCUGCAGCCUGGAGACUCUGUGGAUCUCAGUGCCUCCUCAGACCAGGGUGGAGGAGGUGGGACGUCCACAUCAGACACUCCUGAGUCACCAAAUGAUAACGAAGAGGAAAUGCUCAGUCGCAGUUCCAGUGGUGGAGCCAACAUUACACCAGAAACCACUGAAUACACAACUCCAGAAAAUGCCACACCUGAGGGAGGUCCUCUGGGACAGAGUGGGUCUCUGAUCGACAGUAAUGAUCCAUCUCUACCACCCAGCGACUCGUCACAAACCACCACGGAGGGACCGGACUCAGCUGUCACUCCUUCAGAUGUGGCAGAACUGGUGCUGGAUGGCAGUGAGAGUCAGUACUCUGGAAUGCAGAUAGGAACAUUGCAGGAUGAAGAAGACGAAGGAACAGCGCCGUCCUCCCAGGAAGAAGCACCAGAACCAUUCCUGCAGUCGGCUCUGGCCCUUAGCAAGCCUCAUCUCUUUGAAGGUCGAGGUCACAACAGGCAGGGGUCAGACAGCAGUGUGGAUCGCUUCAUACCAAAGGAUGAACCCACUGAAUCCGAGCCUGAUAACAAGCAAUCACGGGUAAAAGGUUCUAUUGGACAUUACACAGACCAGAGUUUGGAGCCACUGGUGCACUGUGUUCGUCUGCUUGGCGCUUCCUUCCUGCGGACUGGACAGAAGAAUGGUGUAAUUCCUGACAAGGAGGUCCGUGUCAGUGUAAAAGCUCUGGCUGUCAGCUGUGUUGGAGCAGCAGCAGCAUUACUUCCUGAAGCCUUCUUCAACUCACUCUAUCUGGAGCCGCUGGAUGGCAUUCCAGUAGAAGAGCAGCAGUUUGUCAGUGACGUGCUGUGCCUCAUUGACCAUGGAGACCCUCAGAUCAGAGGAGCCACAGCCAUCCUCUGUGGAGCUGUCAUCCAGGCUGCACUCACCAAAUCGCAUUACAACAUCCACACUUGGCUGGCCAGUGUUCAGGGUUCAACAGGUAACCCUCUGUCCCUGGUGGACCUGGUGCCUUUGCUCCAGAAAACCCUCAAGGAUGACUCUUCAGUCACCUGCAAAAUGGCUUGUUCUGCAGUCAGGCACUGCAUCAUGACCAUUUGUAACAGUACCCUGAGUGAGCUGGGCCUGCAGUUAGUGGUCAACCUGCAGCCUCUGAGGGACUCGUCCUACUGGCUGGUUCGCACUGAGCUCUUGGAUACUUUGGCUGAGAUGGACUUCAGGUUAAUAAAUUUCCUGGAGAGAAAAACCGAGACUUUGCACAAAGGAGAUCAUCACUACACUGGGCGGCUGCGACUGCAGGACCGAGUCCUCAGUGAUGUGAUGAUACAUCUGUUAGGUGAUGAUGACCCCAGAGUGAGGCAUGUGGCUGCCACUGCUGUUAGCAAACUUGUUCCCAGGUUGUUCUACGAUUGUGAUCAGGGUCAGGUGGACCCAGUUGUGGCUGUGGCACGAGACCAGAGUUCAGUCUACUUACAGCUCCUUAUGCAUGAGGCCCAACCCCCAUCACAAUUCACCAUCAGCACCAUUACGAGGACGUACAGAGGCUACAACCUUUCUACAGCUGUGUCCGAUGUCACACUGGAAAACAAUCUGUCCAGAGUUGUAACUGCUGUCUCCCAUGCCCUCGCGUCCUCUACCUCUAGGGCUUUAACUUUCGGCUGCUGCGAAGCUUUGUGUCUCUUAGCUGCCAAUUUCCCAGUGUGCACUUGGACCACAGGGUGGCACUGUGGCUACAUUAGCUCCAGUAACAGCUUCUCCUCACGCUCGACUCUGAACCGCAGCAGGGCCAGGACUCUUAGCCUUUCCCAGCCCAACACUGCCUCAGGCUCUUGCACCAACUCUUCAUCCUCAGAUUCAGAGCGGAGGACUCUGACUGUGGGUAUGACCAACAUGGUCCUGUCCUUACUCUCCUCUGCCUGGUUUCCACUGGAUCUGUCUGCACAUCAAGAUGCACUUUUGUUCUCUGGCAAUCUGCUCGCUGCUGUGGCCCCUAAAUGCAUGCGUAACCCUUGGAAUGGAGAGGAAGAAAGCAGCAGCAGCACAAACAGCAGUACAGGCCCAAAUAAGGUGGAGGAACCCUGGGCUGCACUGUCUGAGCGUUCGGUGGUUGUAUUGGUGGAGCAGCUGUUCUCCCACCUUCUGAAAGUCCUGAACAUUUGUUCCCAUGUACUAGAUGAUACACCACCCGGUCCGGCAAUGAAGGCCACCCUACCCUCCCUUAGCAACACCCCGUCCCUCAGCCCUAUUCGCAGGAAAGGCAAAGAAAAGGAGGCUGCUGAGCCCUCUACUGCCCCCAUGAGUCCAAAGAAAAGCAAUGAAGUCAACACAGGUAGACCUGCAGACAGUGCAGCAUCUGUAGCAGUGAACAAAUCCUCCACCUUUGGCAGCUUCUACCACCUGCCGCCCUACCUCAAACUCUACGAUGUCCUCAAAGCUACACACACCAACUACAAGGUGUCGCUGGAUCUCCACAGCCAGGAGAAGUUUGGGAGUUUCCUGCGUUCUACUCUAGAUGUUCUGUCUCAGCUACUGGAGCUGGCCACGCUGCAUGACAUCAGCAAGUGUGUGGAAGAGAUCCUGGGAUACCUCAAGUCCUGCUUCUCCAGAGAACCAACCAUGGCCACAGUCUGUGUUCAGCAACUCUUAAAGACACUGUUUGGAACAAACCUGGCCUCUCAGUAUGAGGGCGUCCUGAGUGGUCCCAGCCGUUCCCAGGGCAAGGCCAUGCGUCUGGGCUCAUCCAACUUGCGACCAGGCCUCUACCACUACUGCUUCAUGGCACCUUACACACACUUCACCCAGGCCCUGGCUGAUGCUAGUCUCCGCAAUAUGGUGCAGACAGACCAGGAACCGGACACCUCUGGUUGGUUCGAUGUGAUCCAAAAAGCAUCUAAUCAGCUGAGGUCCAACAUUGCAAAUGCAACAAGAAAUAGAGGAGACAAGAAUGCUAUCCACAACCACAUCCGACUGUUUGAACCACUGGUGAUAAAGGCGCUGAAGCAGUACACAACCAGCACCUCUGUGGCCCUGCAGAGACAAGUGCUGGACCUUCUGGCCCAGUUGGUGCAGCUAAGAGUCAACUAUUGUCUGCUGGACUCUGAUCAGGUGUUCAUUGGUUUUGUGCUCAAGCAGUUUGAAUACAUUGAAGUGGGACAGUUCAGAGAUUCCGAGGCCAUCAUUCCAAACAUCUUUUUUUUCCUGGUGCUUCUUUCCUACGAGCGAUACCACUCCAAGCAGAUAAUCAGUAUUCCCAAGAUCAUCCAGCUGUGUGAUGGCAUCAUGGCCAGUGGCAGGAAAGCUGUCACCCACGCUAUCCCAGCCUUACAGCCAAUAGUUCAUGACCUGUUUGUAUUGAGGGGCUCAAACAAGGCUGAUGCAGGCAAAGAGCUGGAUAUACAGAAGGAGGUGGUGGUAUCCAUGCUGCUCCGACUGGUGCAGCACCAUCAGGUGUUGGAGAUGUUCAUCCUGGUCCUGCAGCAGUGUCACAAAGAGAAUGAGGAUAAGUGGAAGAGACUGUCCAGGCAGAUUGCUGAUGUCAUCCUUCCCAUGAUUGCAAAGCAGCAGAUGUAUCUGGACUCUCCUGAGGCGUUGGGAGUGUUGAACACUCUUUUUGAGACUGUAGCACCCUCUUCUCUUAGGCCUGUAGACAUGCUACUGAAAAGUAUGUUCACUGUCCCAGCAACCAUGGCCUCAGUGGCUACAGUGCAGCUCUGGGUGUCUGGUAUACUUGCAGUGCUCAGGGUUCUUGUCUCCCAGUCCACUGAGGACAUUGUCCUGUCUCGGGUCCACGAGCUCUCCCUCUCCCCACAUCUCCUCUCCUGCAGCACAAUUCAACGGUUGCAUCAGCAGAGCCCUUCAUCUAGUGACCCGCCUGCUGCCGACACGCUCCAGGAAACUAAUGGUGAAGCACAAAAAGCUGCACCUGAAGAAACAUUUGCCCGAUUCCUCCUCCAGCUGGUGGGUGUGUUGCUGGAUGACAUUUCCUCCAGGGAAAUUAAAGUGGACAUUACUGAGCAACAACACACCUUCUACUGCCAGCAGUUGGGGACACUGCUCAUGUGUCUCAUACAUGUCUUUAAAAGUGGAAUGUUUCGCAGGAUCACAGCUGCAGCCAGUCGUUUGCUGAAGGGUGAUAACGGUAGUGGGCUGACUGUCACAGACACAGGACUCUUCUACGCAUUAGAAGGACUGAACACUAUGAUGCAGUGCCUCAUCACCACCCACCCCUCUCUGGUGCUACUGUGGUGCCAGGUCCUCCUCAUCAUCAACUACACUAACUACUCAUGGUGGGCUGAGGUCCAGCAGACACCUAGAAGACACAGUCUCUCUUGCACAAAGUUGCUGAGCCCUCACUCCUCAGAUAAAGAACAGGACAAACCUGAGUAUCAGUUAGCAAUGGUCAACAGAGAGAUUGUACGUAGGGGAGCCCUCAUCCUCUUCUGUGACUACGUGUGUCAGAACCUCCAUGACUCCGAGCAUCUGACCUGGCUCAUUGUUAACCAUGUGAGUGACCUCAUCAGCCUUUCCCAUGAGCCUCCAGUGCAAGACUUCAUUAGUGCCGUGCACCGCAAUUCUGCCGCCAGUGGUCUCUUCAUUCAGGCCAUCCAGUCACGCUGUGACAACCUCAGUACGCCUACAAUGCUGAAGAAGACUCUGCAGUGUUUAGAAGGCAUUCACCUGAGUCAGUCUGGCUCUCUUCUGAUGCUGUACGUGGACAAGCUGCUCAAUACACCCUUCAGGGUUCUGGCUCGUAUGGUGGACACAUUGGCCUGUCGCAGGGUGGAGAUGCUACUGGCUGAGACACUGCAGAACAGUGUUGCUCAGCUGCCUGUGGAGGAACUGAACAGGAUUCAGGAAUAUCUCCAGACCAGUGGCCUGGCUCAGAGGCACCAGAGGUUCUACUCCCUGCUGGACAGGUUCAGAGCUACUGUUGCUGACACCAGCAGCCCCACACCCCCUGUAACAACCCACCCCUUAGAUGGAAAUCCUCCUCCUGCCCCUCAACUGGUGGUUGCAGAUAAAGAGUGGUACGUGUCCCUGGUCAGGUCCCAGUGCUGUCUUCGUGGAGACGUUUCUCUGCUGGAGACAACAGAACUGCUCACUAAACUACCUCCUGCUGACCUAUUGAGCAUUAUGAGUUGCAAGGACUUUAACCUGAGCCUGCUGUGUCCAUGCCUGAGUUUGGGUAUUCAGCAGUUAGCACGGGGUCAGGGGUCGCUUCUAUUAGAGACUGGCCUGCAGGUGACCCUCGAGCAAAUAGCUGGAAUAACCGGAUCCCUUCCUACACCACACCAGUCCUUCCUACCGCCAUCCCAGCCCACGCCCUACUGGGACAAACUCGCUGAUGUCUAUGAUGAGCCUGGUUUCUACUUCAGGGUGUUAUGCCAGUGCAGAGCACUCUCCCAGUAUCUGCUGAAUGUCAACCAGCUGCCCUCAUCGCUUCAUAUUCCCUCUGAUAAGGAGCAUCUCAUCACCACUUUUACCUGCACUGCAGCUGAGGUGGUGGUAUGGCGUCUGCUCCAGGAUCGGUUACCUCAAAGUGUAGACCUGCAGUGGGCGCUGUCCUGCCUCUGUUUGUCUCUGCAGCAGCCCUGUGUCUGGAACAAACUUUCCACAGCGGAGUACUCUACACACACCUGCUCUCUGAUUUACUGUCUGCAUCUGGUCAUUGUUGCAGUUGCUGUGAGCCCUGGUGACCAGCUGCUGCAUUCAGAAAGAAAAAAGACAAAGACAGGAGACGCUGAAGGAAACCAAGUGGACUCUGCUCAUGCUGGCUACAUGUGCGAGUGGAAAGCCUGUGAAAUCAUGGCUGAGUUGGUGGAAGGUCUGCAGAACAUCCUGUCCCUGGGUCACUAUAGAAACAGUGUGAUCCCAGCUUUUCUUACCCAAACAUUGCGUAACAUCGUCAUCAGUUUGUCCCGACUGCCCCUGGUCAACAGCUACACCCGAGUCCCUCCUCUGGUCUGGAAACUGGGCUGGUCCCCUCAGCCAGGAGGAGAGUUUACCACCACGCUACCUGAGAUUCCUGUGGACUUCCUGCAGGAGAAAGACGUCUUCAGAGAGUUUCUCUAUCGCAUCAACACACUGGGCUGGAGCAGCAGAACACAGUUUGAGGAAACCUGGGCCACACUGCUGGGGGUGCUGGUCACCCAACCCAUCACUAUGGACCAGGAAGAGGAAACACAGCAGGAGGAGGACUUGGAGCGAACACAGUUGAAUGUUUUGGCAGUACAGGCCAUCACUAGCCUGGUGUUGAGUGCCAUGACCCUUCCCACUGCUGGCAACCCUGCAGUCAGCUGUCUGGAACAGCAGCCACGCAACAAGAGCCUCAAAGCCCUAGAAACACGGUUUGGAAGAAAACUGUCGGUCGUCAGAGGUGAGGUGGAGCGAGAGAUUCAGGCUCUAGUGUCAAAGAGAGACAACGUCCACACACACCAUCCAUACCAUGCCUGGGACCCAGUGCCCUCACUGUCAGCAGCCUCCGCAGGAACGCUGAUCAGCCACGAGAAGCUGCUGCUUCAGAUCAAUACUGAGAGGGAGAUGGGAAACAUGGACUACAAACUGGGACAGGUCUCCAUUCACUCAGUGUGGUUGGGAAACAACAUCACUCCCCUGAGGGAAGAAGAGUGGGGUGAGGAUGAGGAAGAUGAGGUGGACACUCCAGCACCAGCCUCUCCACCAUUGUCUCCCAUUAACUCCAGGAAGCACCGUGCAGGUGUGGACAUCCACUCAUGUUCUCAGUUCCUCCUAGAGCUCUACAGCCAGUGGUUGAUCCCUGGUUCCCCAUGCAACAGAAGAAUUCCCACCAUCCUUAUUAGUGAAGUGGUUCGUUCGCUGCUGGCAGUGUCGGACCUUUUCACUGAGAGGAACCAGUUUGACAUGAUGUUCCACACCCUGAUGGAACUGCAGAAGCUUCAUCCACCAGAGGAUGAAAUUCUCAAUCAGUACCUGGUGCCUGCCAUCUGCAAGGCUGCUGCAGUGUUGGGCAUGGACAAAGCGAUAGCUGAGCCUGUGUGUCGCCUGCUGGAGACGACCCUACGCAGCACCCACUUACCAAGUCGCAUGGGAGCACUGCACGGUGUUCUGUAUGUGUUAGAGUGUGAUCUGUUGGAUGACACGGCCAAGCAGCUCAUUCCCAUUGUCUCAGAGUAUCUGGUGUCCAACCUCAGGGCUAUUGCUCACUGUGUGAACCUACAUAACCAGCAGCAUGUGUUAGUGAUGUGUGCCGUAGCUUUCUACAUGAUGGAGAACUACCCUCUGGAUGUAGGACCUGAGUUCAUGGCUGGAGUCAUUCAGUUAUGUGGUGUGAUGGUGUCGGCCAGUGAAGACUCCACCCCCUCCAUCAUCUAUCACUGUGUGCUACGUGGUCUGGAGCGCCUCCUGUUGUCUGAGCAGUUAUCACGUGUGGACGGAGAAGCACUGGUCAAACUGAGCGUGGACAGAGUCAACAUGCCAUCACCACACAGGGCCAUGGCUGCACUGGGCCUCAUGCUGACCUGCAUGUACACUGCGGUGCUUGCGUCUGGUUCAGACGUGACAGGGGUUAGAGGUCAGGUUGACUCUAGCUCUGCUGUAGCGGAGGCGAUGGGCGUCACGGCAGGUCAUGUUGGUCUCUCCUCAGGAAAGGAGAAAACCAGCCCUGCCAUUCGCCCGGUUCAUGCAGACCCUCAAGCUCCAGAUAGUGAGUCCAUCAUCGUGGCCAUGGAGAGGGUCUCUGUGCUGUUUGACAGGAUCAGGAAGGGUUUACCAAGUGAGGCCCGGGUGGUGUCCAGGAUUCUGCCCCAGUUCCUGGACGACUUCUUCCAACCACAGGAUGUCAUGAACAAGGUCAUCGGAGAGUUCCUGUCCAAUCAGCAGCCUUACCCACAAUUCAUGGCAACAGUGGUGUAUAAGGUCUUCCAGAUCCUUCAUGCCACAGGGCAGUCGUCCAUGGUUAGAGACUGGGUCUUACUGUCUCUGUCCAACUUCACUCAGAGGACACCAGUGGCCAUGGCCAUAUGGAGCCUGUCCUGCUUCUUUGUCUCUGCCUCCACCUCUCAGUGGAUCUCAGCCUUACUGCCACACGUCAUCAGUAGAAUGGGCUCCAGUGAAGUGGUGGACACUAAUCUGUUCUGUCUGGUAGCCAUGGAUUUUUACCGACAUCAGAUUGACGAGGAGCUGGACCGCCGGGCAUUCCAGUCUGUCUUUGAGGCAGUGGCCUCGCCAGGCAGUCCGUAUUACACACUGCUGGGCUGCCUGCAGUCGAUCCACCAGGAUACGUCACUUUGAGACAUCAGGGAGGGGCUGAGGGAGAGCAAUGAAUCGUGGGUAGAAAUAGGCUCAGAGUUGGGAGCUGUGAAUUGAGAUUCCUUUGUAUUUCUUUUGACCUGUGAUGAUGGAAGAGCAGGCUGUUUUUUGACAAGGACAUAGACCUGCUGGUUUGACUGUCCAUUGAUUUUAAAGUUAAAGUGGGGAGUGUCAAAAUUGUCCCUUUUUACACAGUAGGAUCUAAGACAAAAAGAAAUUGAACUGUGAGAGCCUGCACUAAUAAUAACACUGACCACAUCCACACUGCACCACAGAUCAUUCCUUUAGACAAGGAGAGAACCUAAAGUUUCAAGCACCAAAUUAGGCAAAUAUUUUACUGUGAUUUUCAGCGUCAGUAUUUGUCAAGUAAAAUAGAUGAUAGAAAAUAUAUAUUUAAUGAUUUGAUGCAUUUAUUUUGAGUACAUUUAUGUUAGGAAGAGGAGUCUAGUUUGUGACAAAGACUAAUAAAAUGAUAUAUUGUCUGUUUAAUGUUUAUAUUUAGUAUUUCUUCCCCCAUACCUGUGAUCACUGCAGCAUGUGAAAUGUUUAAAAAGUGUAAGAUGAUCACUAAUGCCACAGUCGGUUUUCCCAUGACUCUGAGUCAAGGGUUAAGCAUGGCUGCACAUUUUGAUUCUACUGCUUUGACAAACUGUUGUCAUUCCAGCAGCCUGUUGAAUGAAGACAUUUAUGCCAAAGACCAUAUAUGAGAAAUGGACCAGGACCAUGAAAAGGUGAAGAUGUAGCUCUUCUAUGUAGUUCAAGUCAAAUAUUUGGGACUUGGUAAUACUUAGAGUAGAUAGACCUUCUACCUGGACUUAUUCUUGGUCCUACUAAUAUAGCUUCCCUUCUUUCCUGUAAUCAUAGGGUAAGAUCCAUUUCUUAUAUAAAGUCUGUGGUGCAAACAGGAUGAAGAAAAAGGACAUUGUGUUGUUUUAUAUGUUUAACCAUUUCCAGGGCCCAAUUGCCUUCACUCUCAAUGAAAUGCACCAAAUCUGGAGUGAUGUCAUUGUUUUUUUAUUUUACUGAAAGUAAGAGAACAGCACUCUCUAAUGAUUUUAUGAAUAUAAUUACACAGUGAUCUCUCCGAUCCACCUGAAUGACUCCAUGUGAUUUUUCUUGUAUAUAUAUUUUUUAAUUCUCAGGAUGUAAGAUGUGAGUAUUGUUCUAGGACUGGAGUCCACUCUUCUUUGAACUGAAUUCUCUUUGUAUCUGUGUAAAAUUGUAAAGUAAUAAGGAUAUAAUGAAAGCCAUGAUGCAUGAUGGUAACACGAGAUGUGUAAAGAGAAGAUAUCUUAAACAGAAUCUUUAUGUGAUGACUUUUUUUUUUUUGUCUUAAACAGACAGUGGAGAAAUAGAAGGAGAGACGGCAGGUAUCAGAACUUUACUGUUCUGUUUCUAAGUGAAGACUUGAAGUCUCAUUUCCAGAAGUGUGCUGGACAUGUUAUCCCCUGUACAUACACUUGCCUUAGAGAAAAAAAAAGACUGAAUAUAUUUAUGUCCUGUACACUAAGAGCUUGAAUGCAUGCUUAGCAUUACUGCUAUUUUCUUGCAUAGUACAUAAAUAACUGUUUCCGUGGGCAACGGUUGCCAUGACUGUUGUGUGGAAUGAAGAUACAACGCAAUCCAAAGUGAGCCUUUGUAACCUUAGCAACUAACAGCAGCUUUGACAAAUCAAUGGACAGGGAAGUGAAGCGCACUAAUGUGGUGACGAUAGAGGUUUGGUUUUUGUUGAGCUUUAUAUACUGUAUAUUGUUUGGUCUCAGUUAAAAGAUGAGUAAAUACUUCAAUGUUGGUCUAUGUGCAGAAUAUUAAAACAUCUUGCACUUAAAGAAAAGAA